AUGUGUGGCCUGUGUACGGUUGGAGACCUGCAGCUGUGCUUCGUUAAAAACAAAACCACUGCUGACCUCAAAACACAUGUGCCACCCCUGACAGCGUCCUCUUCCUUUCCGUUUGUGACUGGUGCCUUCUUCAAAAUGAGUGUUUGGAAUGAUUUCCUGGCAAUAAUCAUGGUGGUUGUUGGGCCUUCUAAAGAAGGCUUUGAUGCCUUAGAUGAAAUUGGCCUGAUUCCAUGUCCUGAAGCAAGGUAUAACCGGAGUCCCAUAGUCCUGGUUGAAAACAAACUUGGUGUGGAGAGCUGGUGUGUCAAGUUUCUUUUACCAUACGUCCACAACAAACUUCUUUUGUACAGAACAAGAAAGCAAUGGCUGAACAAAGAUGAAUUGAUAGAUGUCACGUGUACUCUGCUGCUUCUAAACCCAGAUUUUACCACGGCAUGGAAUGUGAGGAAAGAAUUGAUCCUUUCUGGUACUUUAAAUCCAAUUAAAGACUUACAUCUGGGAAAAUUGGCCUUAACAAAGUUUCCAAAGAGUCCAGAAACAUGGAUUCACAGGCGAUGGGUGCUACAACAGCUAAUUCAGGAAGCUUCCUUGCCUUCCUUUGUAACCAAAGGAAACUUGGGGACAAUUCCUGCAGAGAGGAAACAGCGACUAAUACAGGAAGAGAUGGAGGUCUGUGGUGAAGCUGCAGGGAGAUACCCAAGCAACUACAAUGCCUGGUCCCACCGCAUCUGGGUUUUACAGCACCUGGCUAAGCUGGAUGCCAAGAUUCUUCGUGAUGAACUAUCUUCUACUAAACAUUGGGCAUCCAUGCACGUUUCAGACCACAGUGGAUUUCACUACCGCCAGUUUUUGUUAAAGUCUUUGAUUAGCCAAACUGUGAUAGAUGAUUCUAUAUUAGAGCAAAACUCUUUGAAAAGUGAGUCAGCUCUGGUUCUUCCAAAAGAUGAAGAAGCAUCGUCUUCAACAGAGGAACCAAGGAUAAAUCUUUCCCAUCUUCUAGAAGAGGAAGUGGAAUUCAGCACUGAUCUUAUUGAUUCCUACCCAGGACACGAAACCCUUUGGUGUCAUAGGCGGCAUAUUUUCUAUCUUCAACAUUACUUCAGCAGGAGGCUUCCUCACAGCACAAUACAGCUGUCACCUGCAGACAGCCCUGGGGAAACAUUGAGUGACUUGCACCUCGUCCCUGGAGGUCCCCAUCUAUCUCUGGCAAUGGAAGUGGAUGGCCUGAAUGACUGUAGCAAGCAAGGCUAUUCUCAGGAAACCAAACGCCUGAAACGGACCCCAGCUACAGACUCCGUGGGCCUAGAAAUGGAGCACAGAUUCAUUGAUCAAGUGUUAUCUACUUGCCGGAAUGUAGAACAAGCCCGGUAUGCCAAUGCAUACAGGAAAUGGCUAGUCACUUUGAGGCAGUGAAAGAGGUGGAUUAAUCCUGCAAGGUUCCCCUUUUAGUGCAAUAUCGCUCUCCUAUCUCAUUGACAUAGUUGCAUGAAUUUUGCUAUUGCUGGCUUUGUUCCUCUCCUUUAGGUUAAAAAUCCUUAGAAAAUCUUUUAUUUAUUUUAAGUUGGCAUUCCUUUGGAGAUAAAAUAAUUAUGUAAUUUCUUCCUGCUAAAUAGUCUUUUUCUUUUUUAACUCUUUAUCCUUUAUAUACAUGGGGCUUCUCAUCUCUGCCCACUUCAGUUCAGUUGCUACAUAUGCAAAUUUUAAAUAAAUUAGGAGUUUAUGUAUGUUGUGUUUCAGCUGAAGAACAUAAUACAGAUGCAAAAGGACUUGAUCUUACUGUUGUUUUGAGACUCAAAUGGCUAGAUUAAUGGAUAUGUAAAAAUAUAAACCAGUUUUCUAUCUCUGGCAUGUUUUAUUCAAGUUAUAGAUUAGGAUAGCCAAAGUCAAAAGUAUUGGCACUUAUAUCAAAAACUGCCUCCAAUGUAAUCCAUUUUUAAAUAGUUACUUUAAAGGAAGGGGGUAUGUAAUUACAGUACUGGAAAAUUAAUUUUAUUACUAUUUUUAAUAGAUUGUUUUACCUCAUAUUUGAUAUAUGCCAAAACAGUCAAAUCAGCCCUUACAAAAUAAAUUUUUAAAAUCCCAGAAUGCCAUUUUUAGUUGUUGCUGCCUUUUUCCUUCCACAAUCAUAUAAAGCAAAAAAUACAUAGAAAUGUAUUAGUAAAAAUUUGCCUUAAAAGUUAAGUUAUUGAGGUUAUACUGGAUAAACUUCAAAAUUUUUUGUCAAGUGAUUAUUAAACAGUUUGUUGGCAAAAGCUGGAGGAAAGAACAAUUUUGGAGAUUAGUUCUUCAAUUUUAAAAUGAAACAAAAUACCUUGAAACUGAAUUUUAUCAGGGAUGCCAUACCAAAGUAUCCACAUUAUGUCUGUAUUUCAUCUUUUCAAUAACAAGGGCUCAGUUUUUCAGGUUGGUAACAUGGGGAUGGGAGGAGGAUCAGGUACUAUCUACGUUCUUACUAUCUUUCCCCCUUUAUAAAAUGGUUUGUUUCUUCUUUGCAAAUAUCUUUUUCUUUAUUUUACCUAUCCCACAUAUUUUUUGUCACUUUCAUGUUUGUAUAUUUUCUGUCUUCUGUCCUAAUUUCAGAAAUUUCUACUGAAGCUGUUAACGCUAUUUCAUUUAAUUUUGUAUAUCUACACACACACACACACACACACACACACAGGAAAUUAGAAUUAAUCGCUACCCCUCUAAAAGUUCCUAUAAGAAUGGAAGUUGUCUCUUGUCUUAUGCGUGUGUAAAAUGUGAAUAAUAGUUACAGUACUAAGUGUGACCACCAGGCUUUCCCUAUUUUUCUAGUCUGUGGGAUGGGUAGAAGGAUGUAGGAAAGUCAAGCCUUUCCUGUCUCAUUCUUGUGGAAAGUAGACUUGAGUUAGAUUCACUCCUUUAAGGGAAGAGGAAUAAGUGCUUUACUUCGUCAUCAUAGUAUUUUGAAUGGCAGACUGUUGAACCUAAGUGGCACACUUAAGAACACCAAAAAAAUUAUCUAGCUUGAUUCCAAUAGACAAAUUUAGUCUUCCUUCUUAGGGCAAAAAAUACUUAUUAUAAAGUGAGGAAAUAAUUGCCAUUAUGAACAAAAUCCUUUUGCCCCUGGUACAAAGCAUAUUAUGAAUCAAAUACCUCAAGGCCUGUGUAGACCUCUGUAGAUAAAACCAUUAGAUUUAUGAUUUUUAGUGCCUGUAGAGGUUGGGUAGAAACUACACAGGGAAGACACAGGAGGUUCCAUCCAUUCCAAUAAUACGUGUUGCCAAAUUCUGGCCUUAUUCAGUAUUACCUUUUUUCUAAGCGUCAUUUUUAGUAUUCCCAAAAUAGGGCUUCUUAUACUUUGACAUGAGUACCUGUCAGGACAUGAUUAUAGAUUAUAUUAUAUGAACAUUAGCUAAAUUUUUGUAGUAUUCCCUGCCUUUUUUAUACCUUUCGUUCAGUAGCUUUCAGUAUCCUGUCCAUCUCAUGUUAACCACCUUUUUAUCUUCUAAGGCUUACUCAACCCACCGCUUUCUAAAGCCAUGUAAUCCUUUAAUGUAGCUUGGUGUCUUUGUCUUCCUAGUAAAGUUUUAAGUAGGGGGUGAAAAAUACAAAUAUCCAAAGGAUACUGUUAGUAUGUGACUUUUGUGUGCUACUUUAUUCUAAACUAUGCAUUUCUUGAGUGUUCAUUCGCAAGAAAAUUUAUAAUUGUCCUAUAUAGUUGUGGCUUUUUCCUAAGUGCUUGACAUUUAAACUCACUAACAUCAUAAUACUUCUCUGACUAAAUGACCUCAUGCAGUAGAAAGAAUAUUUCUCUUUUCAGGAGCUUGUUAGUCUUUAUUUUUCUGAAUGUAUGUAGAGUUAUUAAAAGACUUGGCACACAUUUCAUCAAAUUUCACUGGAAGAAUAGCAGGGCAUCAUACCAUCCUGUGGGUCACUAAUAGGUACUGACAAACAAAAAGCAAUAAGAUCUGUAACUAUUGCCACCAUAACCCUUGCCCUACCUUUUUUUUUUUU